AAAUUCAAAUCAAACAGCCGCCUCAUCUCUCAACGGUACACUCACUCCACACAGAUCGGUCGACCGUUCGUUUUCUUCCUUCUCCCAUUUCCAGCUGAGAUCGAGAGCAAUACGAGGAGAUUAGGGUUUUGGUCGGCGGGAUAUGGAGAAUCCGGAGUCGCAGAGUGUUAGGGUUGCAGUGAAUAUCCGACCGCUCGUUACUCCCGAGCUUCUCGUUGGAUGUACUGAUUGUAUUACGGUUUAUCCCGCUGAAAAGCAGGUUCAAAUCGGAUCUCAUGCAUUCACAUUUGACUGUGUAUUUGGUAGCACGGGUUUGCCUUCUUCAUCAAUAUUUGAGGAAUGCGUUGCCCCAUUGGUGGAUGCUCUGCUGCAUGGUUACAAUGGCACAGUACUUGCCUAUGGUCAGACUGGUUCCGGAAAGACAUACACCAUGGGCACAAAUUAUAAUGGAGAGGAACAGAAGAAUGGGGUCAUUCCCAGAGUGAUGGAAACCAUUUUCAGCGAAGUUGAGACUUUGAAAGAGUCUACUGAAUUUUUAAUAAGAGUUUCAUUUAUUGAGAUUUUCAAGGAAGAAGUAUUUGAUUUGCUUGAUUCGAGGACUACAGGGCCUGCAAGAGUUCCUAUUCAAAUAAGAGAAAGAGUGAAUGGAGGAAUUGCCCUUGCUGGGGUUACAGAAGCCGAAGUGAGAUCAAAAGAGGAGAUGGCUUCAUACUUGUUGCAGGGUUCUUUAUCUCGUGCUACAGGUAGCACAAAUAUGAACAGUCAAUCAAGUCGAUCGCAUGCUAUUUUCACCAUCUCCAUGGAACAAAGGAGAAUGGCCCAUUCUUCAGGAGAUGAUGUUGGGGAUGAUGUUUUGACCGCGAAGCUUCACUUGGUGGAUCUUGCUGGAUCGGAACGAGCAAAACGGACUGGUGCAGAUGGAUUACGCUUACAAGAAGGUAUUCACAUCAACAAGGGUUUGCUGGCUCUUGGAAAUGUCAUUAGUGCUUUGGGAGAUGAUAGGAAGCGCAAAGAAGGCGGGCAUGUUCCUUACCGUGACAGCAAGUUGACACGCAUACUUCAGGAUUCCCUUGGCGGAAAUAGCAAAACAGUUAUGAUUGCUUGUGUUAGCCCUGCUGAUAGCAAUGCCGAGGAGACACUUAAUACACUGAAAUAUGCGAAUCGAGCACGGAACAUUCAGAACAAAGCAAUUGUCAACCGUGAUCCUAUGGCUGCCCAACUACAAAGGAUGCGAAGUCAAAUAGAACAGUUACAAUCAGAAUUACUCUACUUCCGUGGAGAAUCCAACGCACCAGCGGAGGAAAUUAAAAUUCUUAAGCACAAAAUAUCAUUGCUCGAAGCAAGUAAAAUGGAACUACAGGAGGCGUUGAGAGAAUGUAGAAUUGGUUAUGAUCACCUGUCACAGCGGGCUGUUGAUGCUCAGGUGGAAAGGGAUACACUGAUGAUGAAACUUCAAUCAGCUCGAAAUGGAAAACUUUUGGAUGAAGAUGACACUGCUUCUGAUAAGGAUUAUGAUAUUGUGAAAAGUUAUGUUAGUAAGAUUCAGGAAUUAGAGAGUGAACUUAUGAGGAUACGAAAUUUAAGCCGUUUGAAACAUGAGACUUCUGGAGAUUAUUUCGAUUCAGAAGAUGAAGCUCACUCAAGAAACUCUUAUCUCAUAGAUUCUGAUGUACAGACAAUAGAAUCUGAUGAUGUAGUUGAAGAUGUCGAGAAGGAACUUGAGCAUUCUUCUUUCCAGGAAAAGAUGGAUAGAGAACUCAGAGAAUUGGAUAAGAGACUCGAACAGAAAGAGGCUGAAAUGAAACAAUUUGCGAGUGGCGAAACUUCAGUUCUUAAGCAGCAUUACGAGAAAAAAGUUCACGAGUUGGAGGUCGAAAAGAGGGCCUUACAGAAAGAGAUCGAAGAACUCAGGCAUAGUUAUGCCAAUAUCAGUUCAAAUUCUGAUGAUAGUGCUCAAAAACUGAAGGAGGAGUAUCUUCAAAAACUCAAUGUUCUUGAAACGCAGGUUGCUGAGUUGAAGAAAAAGCAGGAUGCUCAAGCUCAACUUCUUAGGCAGAAACAAAAAAGUGACGAAGCUGCAAAAAGACUACAGGAUGAGAUCCACAGGAUAAAAACACAAAAGGUUCAAUUACAACAAAAGGUGAAGCAAGAAUCUGAGCAAUUCAGACAGUGGAAAGCAUGUCGAGAAAAAGAAGUGCUUCAGCUUAAGAAGGAGGGCAGAAGAAAUGAAUACGAAAUGCAUAAACUGUUAGCACUCAACCAAAGGCAAAAGCUGGUAUUGCAACGUAAGACUGAAGAAGCUGCUAUGGCAACAAAAAGGCUUAAGGAGUUGCUUGAUUCUCGCAAAGCUUCUCGAGAAGCUCCUGGAAGUACCAAAGGUCCCGGGAUUCAGGCAUUACUGCAGGCCAUUGAGCAUGAACUUGAGGUGACUGUGCGGGUCCAUGAAGUGCGAUCGGAAUAUGAGCGGCAAAUGAAAGAGAGGGUGAAAAUGGCUGAUGAGAUACAGAGACUGAAAGAAGAAGCACUUAUUGCAAAGCAGCAGAACUUGAGCAAUUUUCCAGAGACAAUGUCUCCCGGCGCCAGAUCUUCGAGAGUUUUUGCUCUCGAAAACAUGCUUUCGACUUCUUCAAGUACACUUGUUUCCAUGGCAUCUCACCUUUCCGAAGCAGAGGAGCGCGAAAAAGCAUUCAGUGGCAGAGGAAGAUGGAACCAAGUUCGUUCUUUGGCUGAAGCGAAGAAUGUCAUGAAUUUUCUGUUUAACUUGGCUUCCUCCUCCAGAUGCCAACUAACAGAUAAAGAAGUUGAAUGUAGAGAAAAGGAUUCCGAAAUUAGAAAUUUGAAGGAGAAAGUAGUGAAUUUGGUUCGACAACUCGAGCAGCAAAAGGUUGAGCUCAGUCGCCGUGAUGGCCAUGUUUAUGAUUUGCGACCGAAGGGACUCCGCAACUCGAUUGCUUUCGGUAGCGGCACGGGCAACGGGCUUGAGCUACAGGAAGACAUGGUUACAUCAGAUGACGACGACGACGAGUGGGAAAAGACGAAGGAAAGGAGAAAACGGCCAGCGAAGAAAAGGAAUUCACGAUCAAAUAGCCAAGAAACACCUGCCCAGUUGGAACAGCAACCGAUCAUAAUUCUCUCCACGCCGGAAGCGCCAUGCUGCACGUGCACCAGAAGCUCAUACUGCAAGACGUCGAGAUGCGAAUGCCGAGCAGCGAACGGGAACUGCAGCCACUCGUGCAGCUGUGAGCCCACGAGAUGCAGCAACAGGGGAGCAGCAGCUACAACAACAGACAACUUGUUGCAGCCAGAACUGAUUGACAUUAGCGGGGAUACUUCCGGGACGGACGAAGAACGAAGCCGCCACCUCGCCUCUCACGGCGCUAGGCUUCUUCAAACUGCGUUGUCUGAUAAACCGUUGUCUGAAGGAGGCAAUGCUGCUGCUACUACGAGGAAGCCAUUGUCGGACAUUGGGAAUAAUGUGGCGGCAAAUUCGGGCAUACCUAGGCCUAAUAAUGCUGCGAGGAAAAAGUGGCGGAGAUCGGUUAUUCAGCUGGUGCCUGCGACACCACCGGCGACUACUACGACUACGACUAGUAUGGAUGUGGAGAAUGGUGAGGCGAAGGGAGUGGGGAGUUGGGAAGGCGAUAUUCCGUUGAAGUUGCCGAGAGCGAUGAGGUCUAAUAACAACAACAGUAUUACUAGUCAGCAGCAGCAGCAGCUUAAAGAGAGGAACUGUGAUCCACAGGAGUCGGGAGUCGUGGACAAUUCGACGAUGGAGAUUGGUGGGAGUAAAGAUGGGAAGGAGAAUCGGAGGAUGGAAUGAUUGAUUGAAGUUGUUGCAGGUAUGGUAGGUUGUUUUGUUGAUUCGAUUAUUUUGGUAUGGUUGUGGUUGUGGUUGGUGGAUGAUUGAUUGAGUGAGUGAUGUUUGGGUUGGGAAUGGACAUUGAGUAUGAUUGAUUAUUAUGGUUAUGGUUAUGAUUGUCCGUGAAAGGACUUGAGCGAGGAAUGAAUUGGAUGACUUAUCAUGGUGUAUCGAUGAAUGACAACUUGUCUAGUGUUAGACUAGUUGUAGUACACUACUGUGUUUGCUUGCAUAAUUAUUAUU